AUGAGCGUUAUGCGAAAAAUUCACAACGCUAGAAUUGAAGACUACCCUUAUCUCGUCUCGGUGCGCUUCAAAGACGAUCACAGAUGUGCUGGUUCAAUCUUAUCCGAAGACAAAUUACUAACAGCGGCACAUUGUGUUAAUCAUUUGCCAAUAGAACACUUGGGAGUUCGUGUUGGUUCUUCGAUACAUUUCGAAGGCGAAUACUUUCCACUUCGGAGUUUUGAAAUUCAUCCAUUAUACCAUUCGCCUAAACUAGAUUGUGACAUAGCCUUUCUGAAGCUCCAACGGAAUUUAACUUUUGGCCCCACUGUUCAACCAAUCGAACUGAAAGAAAGUCGUCCUCUUGAUGGAACCCGAGCUGCAUCACCUGGAUGGGGAAUUAUGAGAGAUGGUUUGUUCUAUCGGCCUGACAGAAUGAAAGUUCUAACAGUUCGUUUGAUCAGUCAAGAGGCUUGCUGGCGAAGCUACCCCAACGAAUUCAUAUCAAACCAGAUGAUUUGUGCGAGACCAAAUGAACUCGGAGAUGAUACCUGUCAAGCUACUCAAGGCGGUCCAUUGGUGGAGAAAUCAACUGGCAAGCAGAUUGGUGUCAUGUCUUGGGGUAUAAGUUGUACCCAACCAGAGUUGCCAAAUGUCUAUGCCUCCGUUCAUAAUUUAGUCACUUCAAGAUAUGUGUAA